AUGAACAUGAUGUUUCCACUCACAUGGAUGGCUCUUAUCGGCGUCUUAGCGUCGCUGGAGCUUAUCAGAGGUGCACGGGGCAAUUCUGCCAUGGACCGCCUGAUGGAGUAUGUAGGUAACAGGACCAACCCCCUGUCUAUCCCGCUACCAGAAGAUGUGGGUCCUUUGUCAGUUAACAUAACAAUGGUUAUAAGCAACAUUUUCCGCUUGGACGAAGUUUAUCAGACGCUGACUUCCGGCCUCUGGUUUGUUCUGAAAAACUCACUUCUGUAUUUUCUCCAACAGCACUGGACAGACUAUAGACUCACGUGGAACCCAGCGGAAUAUGGUAACAUCUCCUUGAUAUCCGUUCCUUUGCAGAAGGUGUGGAAACCGGACGUAGAAAUGUUCAUCACCGCAGACGACAAUCCUAUGUUGUACAGUGCCACAUACGGGGACGUGACAAUGUGUCAGUUGAGAUCCAACGGAACCGUCGAAUGGUUGCCUCAUCGCCGCGUGUCUAGUACAUGCGCAGUUGAUGUUUAUUUCUAUCCGUUUGAUUCUCAGUCAUGUGGGCUUCACAUCUAUUCCCCUACACUACCAGCUAUAUUUCUAAAUUGGACAGUAGCAUCACCUAUUGACGCGACCCGUGGAUCAAACCUAUCGUCCAGAGAAUGGGAAGUUAUCAGCUUGGAUCACUCUACGUAUAAUAGCAAAGAUGCUGCGGUAUCAAUAAUCAUUGAACUUAAGAUAAAUAUUCGUCGCAACUUUUCCUUCUUUUCUCUUGCUAUCUUGCUACCUUCGGCUCUCCUUGCAGUCCUUACUCUGGCCAUGUUUUGGAUCCCGCCUAACUCCACGGAUAAAAUGUCUAUGGGAAUGGCCAUAUGGACCUGUCUCUGUGUGAUCCUCCUGGUUUUGGUUGGUAUUGUUCCUGGGGGCGGCGGAAGAAUCCCCUUAGUUGGUUCUUUCUUCAUCUUGAAUCUGGUUCUUGUGACUGCAACGAUGAUCGUCAUGAUUGGCACGACAACAAUGGCAGAGAACUGCACCCCCGUGCCACGGUGGCUCAGCAAGUCAGAACCAUUGGACUACAAGUACAUGCGUUUCUGA